CCCAUCAUUGGGUUGUCAGUGGAGGAAUAGUGCCCCACUCGUUGGGACAUGUACACUGAUCAUGCAGGGCACAGAUGCUCAUGUGCCCUGAUUGAUGAGUGUAGCCCCAUGCAGUGCACUGUCAGUGUGUCCAUCAGUGCCACAUCAAUGCCCACAUAUCAGUGCCUACCUAUUUGCACAUCAAUGCCACAUAUCAGUGCACACAAUGCCACAUAUCAGUGCCCACAUCUUGAGCUGAAAUUUCAUGUCACCUAUCAGUGCCAGUCAGAGCCACCUAUCGAAUGCCAAUCAGUGCCACCUAUCAGUGCUGCCAAUCAGUGCCACCUAUUA